AUGGUUCUUUCAAAAUUAACCAUGUUUUUGUUCUUGAUGAUUUUUGUAUUUUGUGGUGUAUCAAUGGGUGAAGUAUACAAGGUUGGUGACUCUACAGGAUGGACAAACAAUGGUCACAUUGACUACAAAUCUUGGUCUUCCAAUAAAAAUUUUUGUGUUGGAGAUUCCAUUGUGUUUGAAUACAAGCAGCAGAUGGACAACGUGGUACGAGUUACACACAAAAACUUCAACACAUGCAAUGCCACAACAACUUAUGCCACAUACAACAGUGGAAAUGACACAUUUGUUAUAAAAAGGGCAGGCCAUUUCUACUUCAUUAGUAGCUUCCCUGGCCAUUGUCAAAAUGGCCAGAGAGUUGACAUCCGAGUUCCAAAGCCCACACAAUCAUCACCUUCUCCGUCACUAACACCACCACGAGCACCUUCAUCGUCUUCCUCUCCUCCUCCUACGGAGACAAUCACUCCGUCAUCAACACAAGCACCUGCACCAUCUCCAAGUGGAUCCUCAAAGAUGUUGUUUUCGAUCAAUCUAUGCUUGUCCUUGUCCAUGCUUCUAGUACUAGUAGUCGCUAUCCUUUGA